CCUGUGCUGUCAAUGUCAUACAAAACAAAAUUGAUUAGGAUUUGGGCUUUGUAAUCUAACUUUGUGUUUUCCAUCAUCCAAAAUAAAGUAUUUGGUAUUUCGAUUACAUUUACGUGCUUUGUGGGUGUGACUUUCGUCAUGGCCAACGACGAGGCUGUAUUAAAAGUGUAUCUCUCGAAAUACAAACAUCGAGACAUUACAUCACGAGAGGUGAUUAAUCUGAUUCAAUUUUAUCGUAGUUUGACUUAUCGUUUAGAAGCCUUUGUGUUCAAUAAUGGAGCUCGAAAGGACUUGCUUAAUAUAGAGGGCACCAUACCAGUGAAUUACAAGGGUUCUUAUUACAAUAUACCCAUUUGUAUCUGGCUGAUGGAUACACAUCCGCAGCAUGUGCCGUUAUGCUUCGUAAAACCAACAGCUGAUAUGUCCCUUAAGGUGUCCAGGUAUGUCGACAGCAAUGGAAAAGUGUAUCUACCAUAUUUACAUGAAUGGACACCUAAUGGAUCAACUCUACAGACACUAGUGCAAUGUAUGAUUACAGCGUUUGGUGAACUGCCGCCUGUGUAUUCUAAACCACGAAAUGAAAAUCGCCCUCCAUACCCAGUGAACUCCUUCAUGCCGCAGCCAUCGGGAAAUCUAUUUCCUAUAGUCAGCCCUCCACAGGCAGGUUACCCUUCAGUGGCGCCUUAUCCUUCAACUUCUAAUUUACCUUACCCAAAUUAUGGAACACCUUAUCCUGGUUCAGUAAAUACCAACGGACCACCAUUUUCUCCACCUAACACAACACCUUAUCCCCAUGCAACCAGCUACAUACCAGGGCCAGAUGUAGCUGGUGGAACUAUAACAGAGGAGCAUAUCAAAGCUUCCUUGUUGUCUGCAGUUGAGGACAAAUUGAGGAGACGCCUUAAAGAACAGUCUCAACAGUCGCAAGCUGAGCUUGAAACAUUGAGACGCACGCAACAGGAGCUGCGAGAAGGGAAGACACGAUUGGAGGAUAUUUUGACCAGAUUGCAGAGGGAGAGGACUGAGCUUGAUAAAAAUGUGACUAUAUUACAAGAAAAGGAAAAGGAGCUACAAUCUGCUGUUGAGCAUUUAGGUGAACAGGAGAGUGUUGAUGUUGAUGAGGCUGUUGUAACCACUGCUCCGCUAUACUCUCAGCUUCUAAACGCUUUUGCAGAGGAAGCCACCCUGGAGGAUGCUAUUUACUACAUGGGUGAGGCUUUACGUAAAGAGAUUAUUGAUUUGGAUACAUUUUUGAAGCAAGUACGAACGUUGGCUCGGCAACAGUUCACUUUAAGAGCUUUAAUGCAUAAAUGUCGGCAGAAGGCCCAACUAGCUUGUUAGGUCUGAUACUGAUGAAUAACACUUAUCUUCUAGCUAAUUGACUAAAUAAAGCGAGUUCUAUUCUGCUUGGGUAAAUUUCUGCAUUGCAUGUUCUUCUGUCAUAGAGAGACAUCAGAGCCCUAAAAUAAUCAACAUUGUUACUUGAAUUUCAUAAAUAUUAUUUAUUAAAUAUCUGGCUGGGUUGACUUGACAGAAAGUUUUUAUAUCUCCUGUCCACAGCAACACAAUAUGUAUUUAACAAAAUAAUAAAAUGGGAUUGUAUUACAGUUUCUGAAUAUAAAUAAUAUAUGAUUAUUUCUGUAGAUUAUAUCUGCA